GGAUUUAAUAUUUGUGAUCACUUUAACAUUCUCAUUGGCUAUUCCUAUUGUUGCAAUCAAAUCUGGUGUCCAAGUUUUUUCCAAAACCCUUCGUGCCCUUGGUCAGAAUUCAACACCACAGCGACAACAAACGCUUUAAAAAUUCUAACCAAGGAACAACCUUAAUCUUGUUCACCUUCAUUCUCUCUCUCUCUCUCUCUGGAUGGAACAAACUUGAAGUGGGAAGAGAAGCUUCAAAUCACAUUCCCAUAACCGAACCCUAAAUAUUUAUCCCUUUCCGUUCAUGUAGGGAACUACAGUAAUAAUUUGCAGGGUGGUGAUUAGGUUUUUAGCCCUUGCACUUUAUAAAUGUUGAGUACCUCUUCUUCCUCUGUCUUUACCCGCUCCUUUUUUCCGAUUAAGGGUUUUCCCCGACCUGGCUCACCUCUUCCUUUUCCUCGGAUCUUGGAAUCUCAUGCCAGGUCUCCCAAGAAACGAUUGAGUAUUCUUUGCUUUAGGCCCGACCAUCUUUCUCCAGAAACACCCCAACCUGAAGUUGUAGAGCACUAUCUUCAUGAGGAGUUGGUGCAAUCAGAAUUCAAUGAUUCCAUUGUCACCAAAAGAGACUGGAAAUCGGCCGUUCAGAAGGCUGCAAAUGAAGUAGUCAAGGUAAUUGGUGAUCGGUGGGUUGUGCCAUGGACUGCAAUGACUAUAUUACAAGUUAUGCUUCUAUGGACGACUGCAUUUUGGUUUAUAGGAUCUUGGAUGAUUCCUUUUGCAGCUCAUAUAACUGGCUUUAGCAAGGAGUCUUUGACAUUUAGAGGACAGGCAUUAUACAGCCUUGUUACUGAUGUGACUGAAGGACUUGCUGGAAUUGCAAUUCUUCUUCGCUGUCUUUCUCGAUUUCGCCCCCUUCCACCUGACUGGUUCAAGUUUAGCCUGAAAGGGAAUUGGCAAUUGGAUGUCAUAACAGGAUGUCUCAUGUUUCCGCUUGUCAAUCGACUCUCACAGUUUAACCUGGACCUACUACCCCUUUUGCCCUCAACACCAGUCACCCUUUCAAGUGUUGAACAAUCAAUAAGGGCAAGGGAUCCUGUGGCAAUGCUAUUGUAUGCAACAGUAGUGUCAAUCUGUGCUCCUGUGUGGGAGGAGAUAGUGUUUCGUGGUUUUCUACUCCCAUCCCUUACCAAAUACAUGCCAGUGUGGUGUGCAAUACUGGUAAGUUCAAUUGCCUUUGCGCUUGCACAUUUUAAUAUACAGAGGAUGCUGCCCCUUAUAUUUCUUGGGAUGGUGAUGGGUCUGAUAUAUACAAGGUCAAGGAAUUUACUUCCAUCAAUGUUGUUGCAUAGUCUUUGGAAUGGCUUCGUCUUCUUAGAUUUGAUGAAAUAGCUUUUCUUCAAAAUUGUGGUUCUCUAGAGUCCAUUGUGUAGGUAGAAUUGCAGGAACUAGCAUCUUUGGAUCAGCAUCUUCAGAAGUAAAUGCAUACUAGAACAGAACAGUACCCCGUUCGUGAACAAGUGCUUUUGCAAGGAGUAACAUGAGCUGAUGCCCUCUUACAAUUGUACAUUACAAGAAAACAGUGCCCCACAUUUGUCCAUAUCUGCGAUAAAUACGUAGUAUAAACUGACAGUUAUUAUAAUUGAAACAUUCUAUUUUGAGUAACCCUUAUGUGAACAUUCAUUUUGGGUAACAUGAUGUUGAAGGACGGUUGUACUAUAUAUUCUUAAUGAGCUCUUCCCUUAGAACUAAUCUAAUAAUAAAUUCAAGGUCAUGGAAGGGGUUUUCCAGAACACUGCA